CGUGAUCCAGCAGUGGCAACAAUAUAGAAAAGGCCGUCGACGCUCGACACUGCGUCGCGUCGCGUCGCGUCGGUUGGCUUGUGAAAGGUGGAAAGGGAACAUGCAACUACUCGGCAUUCUAGUUGACGGGUUGCCGUGACAGUCGAGAAGCAGCGAGUGUUCGCGCUUGGACUUUGGGUAUUGGAACAGCUAGUCCACGUCACACAGCCGUGGCAACAAAAGUACUCCAAAGGAAUGUAAUCUCCGUACGAAUGACCGAUUUUUUACCCGUGUUCGACGCGCUUCAAUUCAGAUUCUACUCCAUUAUUCUCGUAACCACGGAACAAGCGCGCCGAAUUGGCAGCUAUUGAAACGUCGGGGAAAGCCGAAAAGCAGGCUUUUGUAAUCGAUGGGUUGAGAACGUGAAAUUCGUGCUUUUCAGCUUUCUUUUUGUAACCAAGGUGUAUAGCUUACCGAUGAGCCAUGCUGAAGGUAGUAGGAGCCUCCUGGCUGCAGACACGCAUCUCUACAUACAUUCUGAUCGCCGUAGCUUUGCUAGGCGUCGGGGCCAUAAUUCUCGGUGAAUUCGGACAUGUCGAACAAGAUGGAAUCUAUUCAGCCACCGUAUUAUGGAACCAUAAAAGAGGAUAUCGCAUUGACUUUUGGGGCCAAGGCAAUGAUCUAAACGCCGUUCCAUUGCAUGUAGCUCGAGCCUAUUAUAAAACUGAAAUUUUCGAGCAUGGAUGGUCCUAUAUUGAAAUAGAAACUUCAUCAAAUUAUCCAGAUACUGUACAAGCUUACGCUGCCGGAUUGUUGGAAGGUAGCCUCACUUGGCAAUUAAUUCACCACCAUUGGUUUAACACUAUAAAGCCAGAAUGCGAAGCGAAACCUGUCGAAUGCCGAAAAUUAAUGCGAUAUCUUCGAGACAACACUGCCGUCAUUCGUGAACGUGCUGAAUCAAAAGAGUCUAGUGAUCCUUUUUGGCAUAUGGUACGAUUAUUUUACACUCAACUAGAUGGAUUGGAAGCUGGUUGGAAAUUUGCUGUACGUCGGAGCCGUGUGUCGGUGUCAUUGGAAUCGGAAGAUUUCCUUUGGCUUGCCUUGGCUUCCGACUUAUCUGGUUUUCAACAAGUAUUCAAUAUUUCCAACUCCCUAGUAAGUUCUAUGAUCCACUUUAAAUCAUUUCCAAGGGAUAAUUCGGAACCUCUAAUUGCGAUUACACAACAUACGUUAGCACCAUACACUCACAUGUUAAGACUUCUAAAAAAAUAUACAUUUGGCUAUCAUGUAUUACCUAUGACAAAAACUGAUGCAUUGAUUCCAAGUCGAUCAAUCGUGAUGUCAUCCUAUCCCGGGGCAUUAUCGUCCCGAGAUGAGUUCUAUUUAAUAAAUGGAGAAAAUCAUGAAAUGGUUAUUACUGGAACACCUCUACUAACAACGAAUCGGAAUGAAUGGAGCGUUUUAUAUCCAGAUUAUGUGAUGCUAACCGCAAGAUUAAUGGCAGCAAAUCGAUUAGCAACAAACAGUCAAUCUUGGUUUAAUACUAUGUCGCAUCAAAACGGUGGUGCUUCUGCAUUACAAUGGAUCAGCUUUGAACCACGUUCCAUGACUGUAUUAUUAAUAGAACAGCUACCAAGCAUCACUGUUGCUAUGAAUUACACUGAGGAGUUCAAAAAAACCGGUUUCAUAUCGUAUGUUGGUAUAUCGAAUUCUCAAAACAUCAAAAACAUUAUACGACCUGCCAAGAAGGAUAUGAAUUUCUUGAAAACUCGUUUGACGCAUCUACAAGAGAAUAUCACUACGUUUGAACAGCUUCAAAAUGUGAUGCGUGGAUGCAGCCAGGAUGGUUGCACUACCGAAAAACAGAAUUCAAAAACAGAUCAAUUGCAGGAAUUGACGUAUCGUGGAGAUCUGGAAGAUGUGCCAAUACCAUAUGGUGUCAUAGAUACAAAAAUAUUAGCGACCAGCGUAUACGGUCUCGAAAGUUUCGAAGCCAUUUCUGGACCACCCACAUCGCAAUUGCGAACACCAUUCAAAUGGUCGAAAAGUUUCCCCAAUAUUUCGCACGUCGGACACCCGGACACUUUCGAAUUUGAAAGCGUUACUCCAAGAUGGGUUUGGACCUAAUUGAACUUAUUCAAAUUUUACUUUACUUUUAAAUUUAUAUUUUUUUCUUUUAAUUUUCUGAAUCUUUCUCUCUCAAGAAAAUAAUAAUUUCCCAUAAAUUCCUCGCAAUUUGAUUCUUAUUCUAUUUAGAUAAAAUUUUUAAUAAUAAUACUUUAACAUUUUGUAGCUGGCUCGUAUGUUAGCCGCCUAUGGUGAAAUUUUAAGAAAUAAAAUAAAAUGAAAACAUAA